AUGGCCAGCAGCAAGCUCCAUCCAUCCAUGGGGUCCUCCAAAGCAGCUGAGGGGUUCCACAGCAAGGUGGGAGCAGCUCAGCAUCCAAAGCUGCUCAGAGAGGCAGAGGAGUCUGUAACUCUGACUCCCUCUGCCUUCCUGAAGGAGAUGGCUCUCACCACCCAGCAGAGACUGGCCAGCACCAGGGAGGUGAAACAGCCCCAGGUUCUCCAGCUUCUAGACAUGAGUGAGACAUCCCAUCAAAAGUUCUCAGCAGUUGACCUGGAGCAGAGCUUGUUUCAGCCUUUCCCAACAGAGGUGGUGUUCCAGAACUAUGUCCCCUGCCAGGUCUACCAAGUGCCCCUGGUUCUGAGGAACAAUGACAAGGUUCCUCGGCUGGUGAAGGUUGUCCUGGAGAGCUCCCCUUACUUCAAGCUGCUCAGCUGCCCCGAGGAGAGCCACAAGGUGGCACCUGGCAUGCUGGCAACCUUCCACAUCCUUUUCACCCCGGAGGAGAAGAAGGAUUAUUCCCACCAGCUCACCUGCAUCACAGAGAGGGAGAAGUUCAUUGUGCCCAUCCGAGCUAUAGGGCCCCGAGCUCUCCUGGACUUCCCUGACCAUCUCAGCUUCUCCAGCUGCCCAGUCAAGUACAGCAGCCAGAAAACUCUGCUGGUUCGCAACGUGGGUACCCGGGAAGCCCGGUACUGCAUCAGCACCCGGAGCCCCUUCUCUGUGGAUCCCUCCGUGGGGACUCUUGGGACUGGGGACACCAUGCAAGUGACAGUGGAGUUUCACCCCCUCAAGACUGGACAUCAUUCCACAUCCCUGGUGGUUCACUAUGACACAGGUGAAGAUGUUCACACCAGCCUUCAUGGAACAGCUGUAGAUGUCAACAUCAGGCUGGACAGGAACUCCUUGGCAGUGGAGAAGACCUACCUCACCCUGUCCAACCACAGGUCCGUGGUCAUCCACAACCAGAGUGACAUCAUUGCCCACUUCCAGUGGAAGGCUUUUGUCACUGAGGAAGAGGAGGAGCAGCACAAGUUGAGGCUGUGUGACUGGCUGCAGAGGGAGGAGGAGGACGAGGCAGAGCUGCUGAAGGUGUGUGUGGUGGAUCCUCUCCUCCGGGACCGCCUGGUCCUCCUUUCCCGCACCUUCCAGAGCCACAGAGCCAAGGUGCAGGGGGACUCUCUGCUCUUCUCUGAUGACUUCUUCACCAUUGAGCCAGUGGAGGGGGAUGUCUGGCCACAUUCCUCAGCUGAAAUCCAGGUGAUCUUCAAACCUCAAGAAGCCAGAGUCUAUCAGCAAACCAUCUACUGUGACAUCUCAGGCCGUGAGACCAGGCUGCCCCUGCGUGUCACAGGAGAAGGUGUAGGACCCCAGCUCUGCUUCAGCUUUGACCAGCUGGACAUUGGGAAGGUUUUUGUUGGAUCAGCCCACAGCUACGAGGUGAUCCUGUUCAACAAAGGAGCCGUCCAUGCUCUCUUCAGCUUGAUCCCUCCAGCUACAGCUCUGGGCUCCUGCUUCUCCUUCCUGCCUGAUGAAGGUGUCAUUUUGCCCCAGGAGCUCCAGGCCAUCCAGGUCUCCUUCAGCUCCAGCCUCCUGGGACAGUUCACAGAGGAGUUUGGGUUCAGAGUGCAAGGAUGCCCUGAGCCUGUCACCUUGACCAUCAGGGGCUGCGUCAUCGCGCCGACGUUUCAUUUCAACGUGCCCUCCCUGCUCUUUGGGGAUGUCUCCUUUGGCUUUCCUCACACCUUGUCCUGUCGCCUCAGCAACACCUCCCUGGUGCCCAUGACCUUCACCCUUCGCAUCCCUGGGGAUGGCUCUGGGAAGCCCAGUGUCACCAGUUUGGUUCAGAUGGCAGACAAGAGCCGUGGCACCUGGAGGAGGAGAACUCCAACUCAUGGCAGGCCAACUGAGUUCACCAUCAAGCCCCAGAGAGGGACCAUCCGUUCCCAGGGAUUCCUGGAUAUCCAGGUCACCCUGUGCUCCAACACCCUGAAGCAAUAUGAGCUGGCCCUGGUGGUGGACCUGGAUGGGAUUGGCAAGGAGGUGUUGGCAUUGCCCAUCAUAGCCAGAUGUGUAGUUCCAGAGCUGAGAGUCCUCAACCCCACCAUGACCUUUGGAAGGUGCUUUCUGAAACACCCUUAUCAGCAGAUGCUGACCCUGGUGAACAACAGUGACCUCCCAGGCUGCUACAGGCUCCUGCCUCAGGUGUGUCUCUGUUCCAGCCCCAUGCCCUGUGGGAUCAUCCAGCCUUGCAGCUCUGUGCAGGUCCCAGUCACUCUGGCAACCCAGAAACUGGGGGAGCAGGACACUGUGGCUCAUGUUGCUGUGUUUGGGAUGGAAGGUGAUCCCCUGAAAAUCCGUUUGGUGAGUUUUGGAGAAGGACCAGUUGUCUACGUGCACCCAAAUGAGCUCAACUUUGGCAACAUCCAAGUCCUCCAAGAUGUUUCCCAAACUCUCCACCUCUCCAAUCAGGCUGUCAUCCCUGCAUCCUUCUGGGCAGAGAUGGCUGGUAGAUGCUCCCGCUGGAGGAUUGAACCCAACAAAGGAGUCAUCCCCCCUGAGGCUGAGGUGUCUUUGGCCAUCAUAGCAAACUUGGAUGAUACUGAGAGCUUCCAGGAUGAGGUGAAGGUCUUCAUAGAGAACAGCCACACCUCUGUCAUCCCUGUCCAGGCUCUUGGCAUUGGCACCACCAUCGUCACCGACAAGCCCUUUGCUCCAAAGCUCAGCUUGGGACCCCACUUCAGUGCCCCCAAGGGCAGAGCUUCCUCCCCCAAGCCCAGCCCUGCCAGCCCUGUCUUUAAGCUUCGACCACUCAUCAUGGACCUGCUGCCAGGCAAGACGACGGAGAUGAUGCUGGAAGGCUCCUGCAACACCCCCCAGGUGGUGAGGGAGCGACUGCUGUGCCACUCCAUAGUGGGCAACAAGGGAGGGAAGGUGAAGAUCAUGCAGGUGGAUGUCAGCUGUGAGUUUGUGGCUCCUGUUCUGCAGAUCUCCUCCACAGACAUCACCUUCCGGGUGGAGAAACACCCAAGUGAUGUCCUAACUCUUCAGUACAAGCCUCUUUCUUUAAAGAACAUCUCCUCCCUGCCACUCAGUGUUGUCCUGGUCUUGGAGCAACCCUUCUUCAUCUGCAGUGCAGACCAGCAGCCCUUCCCUGCAGAUGUUCAGCCCAUGAAGCUGGAGGUAGGGGAGGAACUUCACCUCUCCAUCAGUUUUAACCCUGCUUAUGAAGAGGACUUGAAUAUCCGGGUGGUGGAGAAGGCUCUGAAGAUCCAGUUUCUUGAGCACCCUCAUCAGGAGCAGGUCACCCUGAGGGGAGAAGUCUAUUUCCCAAACCUCCAGAUCCCAACCACCACCCUGGACUUUGGCUGCAUCUUGAACGACACGGAGGAGGAACGUUGUGUGGAGAUGACCAACUGCAGCCCCCUGCCUGUCCUGUACCACUGGUCCUUCCUGACAGACAGCCACAGCAGCUCCAUGAGGUUCAGUCCUCCAGCACCUAAGUUUUUCCUGGAAUUCCAAGCCCUGAAGGAGGAGGGAACUUGGUCAGAGCUCCCAGGACCUGCAGGGAGCAGGGAUGGGGGUGCAGAGGAGUCAGCUGAAGCCUUGGGAGAAGUGGAGGAUCCUGGUCAAGAGCCAGCAGAUGCAGAUGCCUCUCUGGAAGCUAAGGUGGAAGGUCCUGCAGAGGUGGAAGGUGAAGUGAGGAUCAAGCAAUUGAUGCAGUUCAUGGAGACAGAGCCCCUGGCUUUGGGAGUGGAGGAGGUGUUUGACAUCCUGCCCCUCUAUGGGGAGCUGCAGCCAGGCCAGAGCCAGCAGGUCACCUUCACCUUCUUUGGCCACACCAACAUCGUGGCCCGUGUCCUGGCCCUCUGCAGGGUGGAGGGAGGUCCCACCUACCAGGUGCUGCUGACUGGAGAAGCUUCACUCAUCAACUACCUCCUGGACAUCAGGGAGAUCGACUGUGGGGUGCAGCUGUUUCAUGAAGUCCUGGAAGCAGAGCUCACCCUGAGGAACAGUGGGAAGGUGGGAUUCACCUACGUGGUGCUGAGCCCCCCUGGCCCAGCCCCUGCAGACACAGCCCUGCCUGGUGUCCCCCUGGUCCUGCCCAGCUCCGGUUACCUUGGACCUGGCAAGGAGCAAGUGCUGAGGGUCUAUUACUUGCCAGGAGUGCCUGGAGUCUUCUGCAGGACUUUCCAGAUCCAAGUGGGUCACCUGGAACCAGAAGAAAUCUCCCUGAAAGGAGAGGGGAGCUUUCCCAGGAUCUGCUUGGAUCUACCUAGGAACAUCCAAGGGAAUGAAAAAUAUGAGAAGGUCCUCCUGGAGGCAAAACAGAAGAUGGAAAAAGACAGGCAGAGAGAUGCAGCAGAUGCUCCAGGGGAGGCUGUGGCCACAGGGCCACCCGUGGACAGCUCAGACCCCAUGUUGGACACUCUGCUGCAGAUGGAGAUGGAGCAGAUGCUGAUGGAGGAACAUGCCCUGGAGCAGCAGAAGGUCCUGGCCUCAGGUCCCCUGGAGGACACAGCCUUUGACCUGCCUGCUCGGCGGAGGCUUCUCAAAGCUCAGCUCCCUGAGUACCUCCUGGACUUUGGCCACGUUGUCCUUGGGAACACCCACAGCCACAUGGUGAAGGUCACCAACACCGGGAGCUUCCCCGUGUCCUUCUGCGCCGACGGGCGCGUCCUGGGUGACACAGGUCUCAGCGUGGAGCUGGGUCGCGUGAGGAACCUGCCCCAAGGUGAGACCGAGACCUUCCAGGUGCGCUUCGACCCUCAGAGGGCCAACCAGCUGCUGGGAGAGGUGGACGUGCUCCUGCCCAUCAAGGUCACAGGAGGCCCCACGUUUCACGUCCGCCUGCGUGCCCAGGUGGCCGAGCCAUCCCUCUGCCUCUCCAGGAACAGGCUGGAGUUCUCCACUGUCCAGUGUGGGCAGUGUCUGGAGGAAACUGUCCAGCUCUGGAAUCAGCUCCAGGUCCCUUGUAAAUGGGUCAUCACCAUGAAUGAAGCUGUGAAGAAGGUGGACAAACACUUGCCCGCCGUCGUGCGUCAGAAGCUGCUGCAGGAGCUGAAGGCCAAGCCUGGUGUCUUCUCAGCUGUGCCCUCAGCUGGGACCCUGGCUCCGAGACAGAAGUGCCAGCUGAGGGUCAGGUUUUCACCCACAGAAGAGAGGUCCUACCGAAAUGAGCUGAAGAUCAACAUCUGCCAGAGCAGACAGCAGCUCCAGCUGCAGGUUUUGGGACGUGGUGUGGAGCCACAGCUGGAGUUCAACCCCCCAGUGCUUGAGCUGGGACCUUUGCUGCCCUUGGGCCGUUGGGCAGAGGGGACAGUGGUGGUGAAGAACCCCUGUGAGUUCCCCAUUGAGUUGUACUCCUUGGAGUUCGACCAGCAGUACCUUGCUGAGGAAGAGAUGCUGAGGAUGCUGAAGGACUAUGAUGGCCACAACACCUUGUUGCUGCCUCCACGUGCCCCGGGUGAGAAGCUGCCCCCAGAGGUCCUGGAGUAUUGUCGGGACCAGAAGAAGCUGCAGGAUGAGCAGACAAAGUCCAGGCCUGAGGGAUCAACAGGCCAGGAGAGUGCAGCCUCUGAAGAUGUCCAGUCUCAGUCAGACCAAGGAGGAAAGCACUCUGCUGGGGUCAUUCACACCACCUCAUCCCAUACCUCAAUCAUUCCCUCCUCCACCCAUGAGGAAAGCCAGUCCAGCAAGGUGGAUUCCAAAUCUGAACUGGGAGAAGAUGAGGAGGGAGGAGCUGAGAGAAGACACGGGACAGCAGAACCUCAGCCAAGCACCACCAGCAGCAAGGAGAACACAGGAGAGGUGGAAGAGAGCCCUGUCUGUAGGGCCAUCGCCCGCCACCUCAGCAAGGUCCUCUCUGCUGAAGGACAUGCAGCCCAGAUCCAGAGGGGGAUUGUCAUCAUUGUCCACGGGGCACCCAGGACAGGCAAGACCUCAGCAGCAGUUGCCCUGUCCAAGCGCUACGGUGCCGCCUGCUUGUCCAUCGACGCCGUGGUGAGAGAAGCCAUCUCAGACAGGAGCAGCCCAGCAGGGCUCCGUGCCCGGGAGCUCUGCAUCAAGGCUGCCAUGGAGCAGAGCCACAAGGACACAGAGGAGCCUGGUCAAGCUGCAGAGGUGUCCCUCAGCCAACAGCUGGGUGCUGAGGCCAAGCCCAGCCCAUCCAUGAGCCAGUCCAGCUCUGCAGAGAAGGGCAGCCAACAGUCCAGCAGCUCCAGGAGCAGAGUCAGCAGGAGGAGGUCAGAGGCACGUAUGUUACUGGCCCACAAGCAGCACAGCACGGAGCCAAGAAGCUCCCAGGACUCGUCGGGUUCCUACGUCAUCUCCUCCACUCCCUGCGUCCCUGCCCAGCGGUGGCAGAGUGUGAGCAGCACAGAGGGAGAGCUGAGCUUCCUCAGCUGUGUGCUGCCCAAGGACCUGCUGCUCAGCAUCCUCUCCAAAAGGCUGCAGCAGGAUGACUGCUACCAGGGAGUGGUGUUUGAUGGCCUGGAGACCCUCUUUGCACGCAACCCAGCCUCUGCUCUCCUCUGCCUGCUCAAAGCCAUCAAGGAUCGGCCACACAUCUAUUUUGUCAACCUCUCCCAGGAUUAUGCUGCUCUGAAAGCCAAGGAGGCAGCUGCAAAAGAGCAGCAAGAACGGGAGCAGGAAGAAGCUGCUAGGAGGGCAAAAGCCCAACUCUGGGAGGUGGAUGAGGAGGAGUAUGAUGCCCUCCCUGAGGAGAAGAAGGCUGAGCUGAACGAUGACAUUCGACGAGCCCAGAGGGAGAGGAAGCAGAGGGAGAUGGAGAGGAAGGCUCGAGAGCUGGAAGAAAAGCAGCAGCAGGAGCUCCAACGUUUGAAGGAGGAAGAGAUGAAGAAGAAGGGUAAGAAGGGCAAGAAGGAGGUUGGCAAAGACAAAGACAGUGCUUCAGGGAAGAGAAGCCAUCCUGGAGGCAAGCAGAACACAAACACAUCCACCAGCAACACCGUGUCCACCAGCAACCGCUCGGAUGUCACGGAAGGGGCAGAGAAGAAGGGACAUAAGAAGGAGUGCCCAGAGUCUGCUGGAAGUGGGAAGGAAGCCAAGAAGCACAGCAAGGUUCCCCCAACAGAUCCCUGCCCACCAGUACCUGCCCAGCCCUCGGAGAGGGAACAGGACGAGACCAAAACUGUGGCCCUGAGUGACAGCGAGAAGAACUUGGCCCUGAGGUUUCAGAUCUGUGAGGCUCUGCAGAAGGACAUUGCACAUAUUUUGGCCUCCUGGGACAGGGCUCAGGGCAUCCUGCUGUCCCUUCCCACCCAAGAGGAGGUGAAGCAGCCAGAAGACAAUCGCCAGCGCGUGUCCAGCCACAAGAGGAGGAAGGACAAGGAGAAGGAGCAGCUGGAAAAACAGAAGGCUCCUGAGGAAGCACAAAGUGCAGAAGGGUCAACCAAAGGGCAGGAUUCAGGGGUGCCCUGCUUGGACAUCCCAGUGCUGAACUCAGAAGAUGUGACUAAGAUGAUCCUGGAGAGUGGCAAGCUGCCAGCCCCAGAGCAGGUCCUGGAUGACCUGGGACUGGAUCCCUCAGGGCCUCCUGUUCUCCCUGCUGUUCUUUACUCUGUGAUCCACUACCCGGAGCAGCGGGUGGCCCCUGCAGCAGGAGAAGCCUUUGUCCUUGUGGGACCAGAAGGUGCUGCUGGGGAAGAUGAAAAGAAGGAUGUGGAAAGUCUCCUGGAUAGCCCCAUCGUGGCCAAAGUGAAGAUACACGACGAGCUGGGCAACCCCACCAGGAGCCACUCAAGGAAGGAGAAACCUGGAGGCAGCUGGGAUGCCAUGAGGAGGAGGAGAAGCUCAGCCCGGUCCAGGAGGAGUAUCCAGGGGCUGGGCUUGUCCACACGUUCCCCUGAUAUGGACCCAAACAGCCUGGAGUUGGCCUCAAUCCUAGGGAGACCUGUCAGGUCGAGCAGCUACAGGUGGGUGGUGCCUGCCCAUGGUGAGGUGGAACUGAAGGUCUACUUCAGCUCCAAGGUGCUGGGGCAGUUUGACCAGACGCUGCAUUUUGAGAUCCUGGGAACAAACCGUCUGUACCAGCUGCACUGCAGGGGCACCUGCCUCUACCCCACCAUCAGCCAGGACCCACGGCUGGUGUUUCCUCACUGGAUAAAGAGCAAGGCAGAUGAGGACAUCAUCUUCAAGCAGUUUGUGAUGGACACGGGUGUGUUCCACUUUGGACCUCUGCUGUGUGGGAAGUCCAGAGCCAGGUACAAGGCUCUGGAGUAUCCCAGCAACUAUGAGACAAUAACCAUCCUCAACACCACCCCCUUGGAAGCAGAGGUGCAGUUCUCCUUCCAGCACGACCUCAAAGCCGACACGUUCCUUUUGGACCCUCCCAGCAUGAAGCUGAAACCUCAAGAGAAGCAGGAGCUGUGCAUCUGGGCAUACCCCACCUCAGCUGGGCUGCUGGAGGACAAGCUGGUCUGCUGCAUUCAGGAGAACCCAGAGCCUGUGACCUUCCAGCUGUGCUGCCAAGGGGUGCAGGUGGAGCUGGGGGUCAACCCCAAGCAGCUGCAUUUCAGCAAGGUGCUCCUGCACAGGAGGGAGAGCAGGACCCUGGUGCUACAAAACACCAACCCCCUGCCCAUGGCCUGGAGGCUCAGUGGGCUGGAGAACCUGGGGGAGGACUUCUCUGUGUCACAAGCUGAGGGCAUCAUUGCUGCCUGCACGGAGUUUGAGGUGCAUGUGUAUUUCAAGGCCACAAAAGCUCUCAGUGUGAAGAAGAUGAUCCGGCUAGAAGUUUCGGAUGAAGAAAAUAUCCUGGGGAUUGUUCAGAUUGAGAACAUCCAGGUGUUGGCAGAAGCCUAUGACAUUGCUCUGAACAUCAACAUGGGCAAAGCUACAGAUGGCAGCCUGGAUUUUGGAAUCCUGAAGGUCCUGGAAAGUGCCAAGCAAGUGCUGACCCUGAAGAACAAAGGGAAGUACGAGAUAUCCUACAGCUUCAAGCUGGAAGAUCCAGACACCAACAUACCUGACUUGGAAUCCCACUUCACUGUGCAGCCACAGAAGGGAGCUCUGACAGCCUCCGAGCGCCCCGUGCAGGUCCAGCUGCUCUUCCACCCCCAGGUGGAAGUGAACCUGAAGAACAAACCCAUCCUGCACUGCCAGGUGAUUGAGCCCAACCUCGGUGAUGGAGGUGAGACCAUCGCUGUCAUCCCCAUCAAGGUGUCAGCUGAAGCUGUGUUCAGCAAGUACAACAUCUACCCUGCAUCCCUCAACUUUGGUGCCAUGAUGAUGGGCACCAAGAAAACCUGCACCUUCUCACUGGAGAACAAAGGUGUCCUGGACUUUCAAUUCUUCAUCUACCGAGCAGACCAGGACGCACCUGUGUUGAGAAGGAGAAGUGGACACCAGCUCAAAGCCACCCACUCCACGGAGAAUGCAAGUGUAAGGAAAGGGUCUACCUCAGUCAAGCAAAGCAAGAACUUGGUGCAGAAGGACACAGUCACCACGCAGGCUCGUAUCAGUGCAGGCAUGUUCACAGUGUACCCAGGCUUUGGUUCCAUCCCUCCUGGGGCCCAGCAGGUCAUUGUGGUGGAUUGUUAUGCAGAACCCCUGGGGACAGGCAAGGAGAACCUCUCCAUCGAGAUCAAUGACAGAGACCCCAAGGACAACCCCCAUGGCAUCUCCUACAGCCUGGCUGCUGAGUCCUGCCUCCCAGGGUUUGUUUUCGACGACGUCGAGUCCGUCUUCGAGGAGCAUCGAAUCUGCAGCAACACUAAGGUCUGCCAGGUCCUACAGCCCAUCCAAGACAAGGGGGUGUUCCUCACAGAGGAGAACAAGUUCAUCUUCACCAAUGUCCUGGUUGGGCACCAGGCCACAGCUCGCUUCAAGAUCCGCAACGCGGGCAAAAUCCCCUGUGAUGUGAUCCUGUCCCUCAAGCCCCCCCCCAGUAAGCCCACCAGCCGCGUCAGCGACGUUUUCGAGGUGGAUCCCACACGAGUGUGUGUGCCCAGUCACUCCCACAUCUUUGCCUCAGUGAUCUUCACCCCACAGAGCAUGCAGAGCUACCAGUGCAUGUUUGAGGCUUCCCUUGAUAUCCGCUCUCCAGCAGUUAAAGCACAGAGUCUGACCUUUGAGAUCAGUGGAGAUGGGAACCUGCCUCGAGUCACCAUCCUGCACCCAGACCUCUGCAACAGGAGGGGGAACCCUCUGCUCCUCUUCAAGAAGCUGCUGCUGGGUGAUGCAGAACAACUCCCCCUGGUCCUUCACAACAGUGGCCUCAUACCUGUCCAGCUGAUGAUAGACCUGUUGGAUGAAGGGGGAGUUUUCUCCUUGAAAGCCAGACCCACCACACACUGCAUCUAUGAACCUGGGGACAUGAAGGGGGACUCUCCUAGAGAAGGGAGGAAGCCCCACACUGCUUCCCUGUUCCUGCAUCAUGAGGAAUCAGCAGAGUUUGAUGUGCUCUUCAAACCCAUCCUGGCCCAACGUGUGGAAGGGCAGAUCCACCUGGCAGUGGUGGACAACCCCUACGAGGAGACCAUCAUCCAGCUGGUGGGUGAAGGCUACGAGGAUGACUUCACCCUAGACAACAUCCGUGGCCUGGUGGCAGACAGCAAGGAGGACAUUGAGGGCAGCCUGGAGGAAGACACAGUGGAGGCUGCCAGAGUGAACCACAUCCAGUUUGGGGAGUGCCACGUGGGGACCCCCUACACCGUGACCUUCACCAUCACCAACCGCAGCCGGGCGGGCGCUGUGCGCUUCCAGUGGGGGGCAGACACCCCCUUCCACUUCUCCCCCCAGGUGGGCCACCUCCACGCUGGCUGUGCCAAGGACGUCAGGGUCACCUUGCAGUCGGAGGUGGCGUUCACCUGCAGGAAGCAGCCCGUGAGGUGCCAGGUGUCCCAGAUCACCUUCCACCUGCCUCCAGAGCAGGUGCCCAGCUGGGACGACAGCCUGUGCAGUGCCAAGUGGGUGGAUGUCACCAGGGGCCCAGCAGCCACCUGGCCUGUCAAGGAGAAGGUGAUGGAGGUGGAUCCAGAGCCAGCUCACACUGUCCUGGAGAGCAGCAGCCGUGACGUGGAGCUUCUCCUCAGUGCUGUGGUUGACUAUGCCCACUUCAGCCUGGACACAGACUCGAUUCAGUUUGAGCAGACCUUGCUCUUCCAGACCAGGACCUUCACUUUCAAGCUGUGUAACACAGGGAAUGUGGCCCUGGAAUACACCUGGAGGGAGGCUGUGGAGGAUGACAGGGCAGUGAGCUCUACUGAGGGGCAGAUCCCAUCCCACCUGGUUGGUAAGGCCCUGGGUCUGGGUGGCAGCAUUGAUUCCAUCCCCUCCUCCAAGAACUCCUCUCUGAACACCCUGGGUUCCCCAUUCUCUGUGGAGCCCUGCAGUGGUACCAUCCCUGCUGGCCAGGAGCAGCAAUUCCAGAUGAAGUUCUGUCCAGUGCACGUGAAGGACUUUGAGAGCCACAUGCUCUGCAGUAUUCCCAACCUGGAGCCAGAUCAGAAGGGCCCAGAGGUGGCUGUGAAGGGGACAAGCCUGAUGCCACGUUACCACUUUGAGCUGGAAGACUCUGACUACAUCACUGCAAGAAGGCACAGCUCAGGUGUGCAGGGACCAAAGGGGACAACGUUCGACCUCAACACGAGGGUGGUUGAGUUUGCAGCAACUGGAGUGGGUGGCAGGAACUGCAGGACCUUCCUGGUUAUGAACCCAACUGGCUCCAUGUAUUCCUUCCGGUGGACUUGCCAAGAUCCUGAAGCCCCACCAGGCCAGGUGGCUUUCUUCUGCCUCACAGAGAGAGGUCAGCUCCAACCAGGGAAGAAAGCAGAGUUGAAGUUUGAAUUCAUCCCUCGGCACCUGGACAUCACAGAAUCCUUCUGGGUCUUUAGAAUCCCUGAGCAGAGCAUUUCAGUCCCCUUCCUCUUGGUGGGCACUGCCACUGAUCCACUCGUGGCUCUGGACAGAUGCCACCUGAACUUCCAGCUCCUGCUCAUUGGGCACCAGGUACAACAGACUAUCUACAUGGUCAACAGGGAGAAGGAAGCCUUCAGCUUUGCUUUCAGAGAAAGCUCUCUCUUCUCUGAGGGAUGCAGCUCCUCCGUGAAGUUGGAGCCCAUGGAAGGUUCCAUUGCUCCUACCUCAAGGCUUCCCAUUACAGUCAUCUUAACACCAACAGUGGAAGGAGAGGUGGUCUUCAACAUCAAGUGUGAUGUCAAGAGGAAGCCCCAGCCCCUCUCCUUGAACAUCAAGGCCACCAGCUACAGUCUGAACAUGUCUGUCAGGUGUGAGGACAGGAAUGGUCAUGUCACUGAGCUCAGUGCACAGGAGACCAACCUCAUUGAUUUUAAGGAGGUGCAGCUAAAUGACAUCAGCAAGCACAUCUUCAGGAUCUCCAACAACAGCAAGAUCAGCUUCACCUUCUUCUGGGAGCUGAGGGGCCCCCCAGCCCGUAGGCAGGUCCUGGCUGUCACCCCCCAAACGGGCACCGUGCAGGCAGAGGGGGAGGUGGAGACCCAGCUGGCUUUCCAACCCCACAGGAUGUGUUCUCUGAAGGGUGUGGAGCUGAGGCUGAAGAUCAGCAGGGGUCCCACCUUCACCUGCGUGUUCCAGGCCAACGUGGUGCUGCCCACUGUCCACUUCUCCACCACCAAACUCAACUUUGGAGCCUGCUUCAUCCACACUGCUGGGAUGCCACCUGCCCAGCAGACCCUUGUCAUCACAAACAAGGCAGAAGGGUAUCUGAGCCUGAACUGCCUGUUCACCAACACCACCUACCUGAAGGUGAACUUCUCAGGGUGUGUCCUGUGCCCAGGAGAGUCCAUGGAGGUGCCCAUCACUUUCUCCCCCAGAGAGCUCACCUCUUACCGUGAGCUCAUCCCUUUUGAGAUCAAUGGGCUUUGUGAGCAGACCGUGGAGGUCCGAGGGAAGGGCACAGCCAUGAAGGUGGAGGUUGUGGAGCCCCCAGGCAAGGUGGUGAAGCUGGGAGCUGUCUCUGUUGGCCAGACUGUGAAGAAGAUGGUCACCAUAGCAAACAACAGUGCUGCCCCCCUCACUUUUAAGCUCAGUCUCAUGAGCACUGUGCCAGAGCUGCAGGAAGCUGGGGUUCUCUGCUUGAACCCCAGCAGCGGCCUGAGUCUGAAGCCCAAGGGAGACACCUGUAAGGUGGAGGUGACCUUCUCCCCCAGGUGCCGCAUCCAGCCCUUCUCUGAGGAGGUGACCCUGGAGCACAGUGGGCUGGUGCACUCCCUCUUCGUGGUGCAGGGCUCCUGCCCAGCCAUCCACCUCAGCCUGGACCACGAGCACCUCAGCUUUGGAACUGUGGGUCAGCAGAGCGCCACGUGCCAGCACAACCUGGGCGACGUAGGAGCCAAGUUCAAGUGGGACGUCGAGAGCUUCAAGCCAGAUUUCUCCAUCAGCCCCACCAAGGGUUACAUCUCCUCAGGAACGGAUGUCUCCUUCGUGGUGACCUUCCACCCCACCAAGCUGAGCCCUGCUAUCCAUUACCAGGGCCUGCAGUGCUUCAUCCAGGGCAGUGAGCCUCUCAGGCUGUCCCUGGUGGGAAGCUGCAUGGAGGCCCCUGUCACCAAGGAGGUCCUGACUUUCACGUGUGAUGUGCGUGAGGAGCUCAGCCAGGUCAUCCUCCUCUCCAACUCCAGCAGUGAGGCCUGGACCAUGCAGCCUGUCAUCGAGGGGGAGUACUGGAAGGGGCCUGAAUUCUUCCACCUAGAGGCCAACCAACAGAACAAACCCUACAAGCUCACCUACAAACCCCUCACCAUGACCACGGAGAAGAUGCAUCAGGGCUCCAUCUUCUUCCCAUUGCCAGAUGGGACAGGCUUGUCCUACCUCCUGCAAGGCACUGCUCAGACUCCCAAGUGCUCAGGGACCAUUUCUCGGGAGGUCCCAUGUAGGACUUCCCACACUGAGUUCAUCCCUGUCUCCAACUGGUUGAACAGAGCACAGAGGUUCCUCGUGAUAGUGGAUGUAAUCAAACCAGAGGACCAAGGAGAAGGCCCUUUGCUGCAGGGGCAGGAGCACAUGGAGGUGCCAGGCUCUGCCAAGAAGGACUACAAGCUCACGUUCCUCUCCUACAAGGAAGGAACCUUUCAAGCAUCAGUGACCUUCCUCAACGAGGAGACCCAGGAGUACCUGUUCUACAUGAUGUCUUUCAAGGUCACAGCCUCAAGACCCAUCAGCACCGUUGAAAUCACCACGGCCGUUCGGCAGAGAGCGUCUUCCAGCGUCAAGGUGGACAACCCUCUGCCUGUCCCUGUCACCUUCAACAUCGACUGCAAAGUGCCUGAUGUCAACGCCCCCCCCCAUUUCACUGUUCCUCCACAGUCAGAGGCUGAUCUUGUUUUUGAGUACCAGCCUGUGAAAAAGGGGGAGAGCACCGGGUGCCUGGUGCUCCACAGCACCAACCUGGGCACUUACUCCUACGACCUGCACCUGAAAGCCACGGUGAGCAAGCCAGAGAAACCCCUCCACUUCUGCACCACGCUGGGCUCUAGUCAGACCAUCACCACCCAGAUCAUCAAUUACGCCCGGCAGAAGACAGACUACGUCCUCCAGACCAGCAGCGACCACUUCCUGACGGAGAAGACCCUGAGCGCACCCCCGGCGGGCCGGGGGGGUUCGGUGCUGAGCGUGGACGUGACCUACGAGCCCUGCCAGCCUGGGAAAACCAAAGCCACCCUGCAGCUCUCCUCCCCUCUCGGGGGCGACUACCUCAUCCCCCUGUCGGGCCUAGCGCUGCCCCCCAAACCACAAGGCCCCUUCGCCGUCAAGGCGGGCGGCAGCGUCACCAUCCCUUUCAAGAACGUCUUCCUCCAGACCACCCCUUUCCUCUACGCCCUGGGGGACCCCGCUUUUUCCGUCAGGGCCCCCGAAACCCUGCGGGCCAAGAAGACCACCUACAUGACGGUGUCUUUCGAAGGCGGGGAGACCCCCCUGAGCACCAAGCUGCUGGUGUUCAGCCCCGCGGUCCCCGGCGUCUCCUGGGUCUAUUAUCUGAGGGGGCUGCCCCCCCAGAAGUGA